GAAAUUGCUGCCCCUCGUCGCUCUACCGUGCACCCGUCUGCCCUUCGUCCUUCCAGGCGGCAGUCCACGGAAAGUGAGAUCCCUCUAUCUGAAUAUGUGAUCGCAAUGGCGGUCGACGUGCCACAGCUGGAGUUAUACACACACGUCAGUAAAGAUCUGCAGGUCUGGAUCGAGCGAAUUAAAGGCAUCUACAAAGAAGCAGAAGAGGAGGCUCUCAAAAUGACUCCUGAGUUAUUCCAAGAAUUUGUGUUGGCGGACGAAGAAGGCCAGAAUGAGCUCCUUCAUCAGCUCAAGCUCAUCAAGGUCAACAAGCAUGCACAAGCCAAGUCAGAAUGGUACGACUGGAAGAUGCAGUGGGUUGAGCAACUGUACGAGAAGGCGGAUCAAGGGUUUCGAGACCUUGAGGCGGAUGCCAAAGUUCUGGAAAAUAUCAUCCGUCAAACCCAGGAAGUUGUACCUGCUCUCAACGAAGAGUAUGAGAAUCUUCUCCGCGAGCUGGAGCAAGAACAGGCCGACGUCGCCGAACUCGAGAACUGCGACCAAGAUUAUCUCAAUGAGCUGAAAACGACCAUUCAAGAACAAAGUGUGGCGCUCGAAGCCUUCCGAGCAGACGUCGACGAGGGUAAAGCCAAGCUGGAUCGUCUACAGGAAAAACUGGAGGAAAUUGAAGCUCAGAAGCUUGAAACCAGUAAUGCUAUACAGGUGGCUGAGCGGCAAGUUCAGGUGCAGAAGAACAGCACGCAUGCCGAAGUGUUCAGAUUGAAAGACGAGCUGGAAGCCCUCCAGAAUCUUCACAUGCUUCAAGUCACAAAAGUCCUGCCAGAGCUCUUUGAAUUCAGAUAUGCAUCGUCUUACGACGUUUCUGUCCCAUGCGAGAGCUUUUGCCCAGUUGUCAAGGAAGUUACGAUCAAGCGAGUCCAGAGUGCGAAGCUCAAGUACAAGGAUGCAUUCCCCGCUCUUAGCCCUUUGAUACUAAAGACGGCGAGCUCGCUCAUUACGAGAUCCAAAGGAGGUCUCAGCAUUCGACAGAUCAUUGAACGUCUAGGAGACUAUUGGUCUGCUUGUUCUCAACUACUAGCCCAGUUAAAGUUGGUCGCAAUCAAGUACCCAGUCGCCAUCGCUCACAGAGCCGACGACGAAUCCGGGUUCACUGCCACUGUAACAGUCAUGUUCCCCAGCAAGAAGGCGAAGGCCUUAAUAUCUUUCAUAUUUGACACUCGGACGUUCUCUUCUUGGCCUAUAUCAAUACAAUCCAUCCAAUGCGACGUCAAAGUUGCAUACGGCCCUAUUCAACGGGAUAUUCUUCAUGAAGCCAUCCUCGGCAGAUUAAAACAGGCUACCGUAGCAGAUAAUUACGGUUGCCUCCUGGAUGCUUGUACAGUCGCUUUGGACUGCUAUGCAUAA